AGACCAGCAGUAAAGAUAAAACAUCCGAAAAUAUAUAGACUAUAGAGAGAAAGUGAAAUUGUUUUGGUCACUGAAAUUAGGGUUUGUUGCUGAAAACAUCUCGCAAAACGUGGUCGAUUAGUGAGUAAUUGGUUCCAAAAUUGCACCGGAGUAGAGCAUGGAAAGUUCGAGCAAUGGAGGAAUGCUGUACCACGAAGUUCAAGAAGCAAAAUUGUGUGCAGUGCAUUGCGUGAAUACAGUAUUACAAGGACCUUUCUUUUCAGAGUUCGAUUUGGCUGCAUUGGCUUCCGAUCUUGAUCGCAGAGAGAGACAGAUGAUGAUUCAAGGUAAUGUUGGUGAUGCUUCAGGUGAUUUUGCUUCUCAAGAGUCCCAUAAUGUUUCAUUGGGUGGCGAUUUUAGUAUUCAGGUCUUGCAAAAAGCCUUGGAGGUUUGGGAUUUGCAGGUUAUUCCAUUAGAUUCACCUGUGGCAGAACCAGCUCAAGUUGAUCCUGAGCUAGAAAAAGCUUUUAUAUGCCAUUUGCAGGAUCACUGGUUUUCCAUACGAAAGAUAAAUGGGGAGUGGUACAAUUUUGAUAGCCUAUAUCCAGCUCCAGAGCACCUUUCCAAGUUCUACCUCUCCGCUUAUCUUGACUCACUAAAAGGUGCGGGUUGGAGUAUUUUCCUUGUGAGAGGAAACUUCCCCACGGAAUGUCCACUUUCAUCUUCCGAAGCUUCAAAUGGAUACGGUCAAUGGCUGACUCCAGAAGAUUGUGUGCGGAUAUUAAAAGCCUGCAACUCAAAGGGUGAAUCUUCACAUACUGUUGCUCCUACCAGGAGGCAACCUUCCGAUCAGUUUGCAUCAUUAUCCGAGGCAGAACUUCUUGCUAUGGAAGAUGAAGAUCUAAAAGCUGCUAUAGCUGCCAGCUUGAUGGAUUCCACUCCGACAAAUCCCAAUUCAGAAUCUCAAAUCCCUUCUACCGAGAAAACAAGUUAAGCUCCGAUCACUGUUUUAGCACCCUACCGCCCUGUCCCAAAAUUUGUGCACGGUACAGUUUUGGAUAAUAUGACUGAACUCUUCCAUGGCUGCAAGGCCUACCGACAAUCAUUUCCAUUCGAGAAGGGAAUAAAUCUUCCCAUUUUUUAUACUACAGGGUGUUCACAGUAUCACUGUAUCAGUAUGUAAUGUGUGAUGCGCAUAAUAAUCAUUUGCUUGUUUUCAAAAUUGAGACCACUGUGUAAAUUGUGAUUCUCUUCUUGCUAACUACUCCUACUUGAGGAAUUUUAUUACAUUUUUUUUAUAGAAUAUUUUCGUUCAAACCAGAUGAGUAAUGAUUAGACCGGACUAGAUUAGACAUCAAUGUUGUAUUACAAAUGUUUAUUUGUACUACCGAUAAAAGUGGAGGAAAACUCUUUGUACAUGUUCCUGAUUCCCUUGCUUCAAUUGCGAAUCUUUGGCUUGGCCAAUCUUUAAUUUUG